CUUGUUCACCUUGAGGAGAGAAAUAAAGAGGGGUGUUUUGCUUCCAAGAGAGGCAUCUGUCCUUAUUGUUUUUGCUUUGCUUUCGUCUUUCUUAACCCUUUUUCUCCCGUCAACGCCUGUUCUUCCACAAUUCUCUUCGAUCUUUGUCUUGAUUGCGGGUUACGGCCAUGGCCACCAGCGGAAACAAGAACAUUAAUGCCAAAUUAGUGCUUCUUGGUGAUGUUGGUGCUGGGAAGUCGAGUCUAGUGUUGCGUUUUGUUAAAGGGCAAUUUGUAGAGUUUCAGGAAUCAACUAUUGGUGCUGCGUUUUUCUCUCAAACAUUGGCUGUAAAUGAUGCCACUGUGAAAUUUGAAAUCUGGGAUACAGCUGGGCAGGAGAGAUACCACAGCUUGGCUCCAAUGUAUUACAGGGGUGCAGCUGCAGCUAUUAUUGUCUAUGAUAUUACUAACCAAGCUUCAUUUGAUCGGGCAAAAAAAUGGGUUCAAGAACUUCAGGCACAAGGCAAUCCGAAUAUGGUCAUGGCUUUAGCUGGGAAUAAAUCAGAUUUGUUGGAUUCUAGGAAGGUUGCUGCAGAGGACGCCCAAACAUAUGCGCAGGAGAAUGGGCUUUUCUUCAUGGAAACCUCUGCAAAAAGUGCUGCUAAUGUCAAUGAUAUCUUCUAUGAAAUAGCAAAGAGAUUACCACGAGUGCAACCAGUACAGAAUGCACCAGGAAUGGUUCUCGACAGACCUGCUGAAAGGGUUGCGAGCACGUCGUGUUGCUCGUAGAACUUCAUCCUUGUUCUGUUCUAAGGUGUCAGCAGCAUGUCCUUCAUCUGUAUGCAGAAUUAUAAAGAAAGAAAGAAAAAGGGAAAAAAAGAAAAAAGAAAAUGGAAGAAAGAUUGUUGAUGUUGGAUGGAUUUAUUAUGAUGUGUAAAUUGACUGUUGUUUUUUAGAUAUGCUCUUAUUUUGCAGCCACCAGAAAAGUGGCAGACUACAUUUGUGUUUAUAUAUGACCUUGGGCUUGCUUCACAUCCACAGUUAUGCACACUCAAAAACUCCCAACACUCCCA